AUGGCUAUCCUUCUAUUUCAGAGCUGUGGCAAAAUCUUGUUUGAGAACCCUGAUCAGAAUGCCAAAUGUGUUUGCAUGCUAGGAGAUGUACGACUAAGGGGUCAGGGGGGUUCCACGGGGGUGCCUGCGGAACGCCGUGGCUCCUACCCAUUCAUUGACUUCCGCCUACUUAACAAUACAACACACUCAGGGGAAAUUGGCACCAAGAAAAAGGUGAAAAGACUGUUAAGCUUUCAAAGAUACUUCCAUGCAUCGAGGCUGCUUCGUGGAAUUAUACCACAAGCCCCUCUUCACCUGCUGGAUGAAGACUACCUUGGACAAGCAAGGCAUAUGCUCUCCAAAGUGGGAAUGUGGGAUUUUGACAUUUUCUUAUUUGAUCGCUUGACAAAUGGAAACAGCCUGGUAACCCUGCUGUGCCACCUCUUCAACACCCAUGGACUCAUUCACCAUUUCAAGUUAGAUAUGGUGACCUUACACAGGUUUUUAGUCAUGGUUCAAGAAGAUUACCAUAGCCAGAAUCCAUAUCACAAUGCUGUUCAUGCGGCUGAUGUCACCCAGGCCAUGCACUGCUACCUGAAGGAGCCCAAGCUCGCCAGCUUCCUCACACCUCUGGACAUCAUGCUUGGACUGCUAGCUGCAGCAGCACACGAUGUUGACCACCCAGGGGUGAACCAGCCAUUUUUGAUCAAAACAAAUCACCAUCUUGCCAACCUAUAUCAGAAUAUGUCUGUGCUGGAGAAUCACCACUGGCGAUCUACAAUCGGCAUGCUUCGAGAAUCAAGGCUUCUUGCUCACUUGCCAAAGGAAAUGACACAGGAUAUUGAACAGCAGCUGGGCUCCUUGAUCUUGGCAACAGACAUCAACAGGCAGAAUGAAUUUUUGACCAGAUUGAAAGCUCACCUCCACAAUAAAGAUUUAAGACUGGAGGAUGCACACGACAGGCACUUUAUGCUUCAGAUCGCCUUGAAGUGUGCUGACAUUUGCAAUCCCUGCAGAAUCUGGGAAAUGAGCAAGCAAUGGAGUGAAAGGGUCUGUGAAGAAUUCUACAGGCAAGGUGACCUUGAGCAGAAAUUUGAACUGGAAAUCAGUCCUCUUUGUAACCAACAAAAAGAUUCAAUCCCUAGUAUACAAAUCGGGUUCAUGAGCUACAUCGUGGAGCCGCUGUUCCGGGAAUGGGCCCGCUUCACCGGAAACAGCCCCCUGUCCGAGAACAUGCUGAGCCAUCUCGCGCACAACAAGGCCCAGUGGAAGCGCCUGGUGCCCGUGCCGCACAGGGACAGGCGCAGCGGCAGCCCGGACCACGCCGGCCCCAGGGCGGAGGACGCCGAGCAGACAGGGACAGGGACGGGGCCGGGGACCGAAGGCGACGCCCGUAGUGCCGGUGCUGAGACCUGACCAGGCCGUCCUGCAGCGAGGCCUCCGAGCAGGCGGAAGCUCAGAGGGGGCGCUUGCCAGUCACCUGCCCACUCCCUGAGUUUGGGCCUGGGCCUCCAUUCAAUGCCACCCUCCUCUUACUUCCCCGCCUCCCCUCCUUUAUCCAAGUGUACAGAAGCCAUUUGUCACCUCAGCACUAGCUGCCGACAUGAGCGACUCCAUUCGGUGACGUGGGAGCUGAUUCCACGGCGCGCCCCCUCAACACACAAAAGAAGACUGGGAGUAAGAAAGAGGUGCUGCUGCCCUGUCCGCCAUGGCCCUGGGUCCCACCGCGACAGGCAGCGGCUCCUCAGCCGAGCAUUUGCCAUCUGACUGCUGAUCUGCAUGACAAAAACACCAGCAUAUUCGGAACUCCGAGGAGAUUGGUCUUUAGUGCAAGAGCACAGAUGAGAGCCUGAGAGAAAGUACCUUCUAUUUUAAUAAUAAUUAUUAUAAAGAUAAUAAUAAAUCUUUUUAACUUUUAUAUUUUAUGCACUAGACAAUGGAUCUACAACUUUGGACUAAGAUUACUCAAUGUACCCAAACUUGAACAGGGGGUUCAUUGUUUUCUUACUGACUUUAUGCCACUUUGGGUCCGAGAUUUGGCAUCUUCUCGAUGUAAGAAACCAUUUCCCAUCCCACCGGAGGGGAAGGUGCUGUACAGUUCAUUCCUUUGCACCCGUAGCCAAUCUGUCUUUUCUGAAUUCGGUGAUAUGUUUAUAUUCACACACCUACAUUUUCUGUAAAUACCAAGCGCUACUGAUUCCCAUGCCAAAAUACAUGAGUAUUAUGGGAUUGCUACCUGUAUAAACAAUGGCACUGUGAACAGAAUACUGUUAGUUUUAAUACGAGAAUGCAUUUGUAAAUAUGGUCUAGAGUUUAUUAAUAUACUAUUGUUUGCAGAUAAAGGCCUUAACUUUAAACAUCUUUCAUCUUCUGAAAGCUGCCCAACUUAAAUCCUCACAGAUGUCUUUCUGAACUGCCUUCCCAUGUCCAUCUUUAUGCUUUCCAGCUAAGGUCACAAACCAAAACUGAAUAAAGUCUUUGAGGAAACAUUUUGGAAACUUCACAUGCAUUCCGCUUGAGACCAUAGUGUUUAUUCUAUGGCACCAAGCACCGUUUCCUCAGAGUAAUGAGACCCUUCAGCAAGCCUGAAGUCACUUUUCAACGCCGCGAUGUUUUAACAAGCCAGCUGAUAAGCUUGUGUUUAUGCGACUCUUGUUAUGGAACAUGGCGGUGUGUCAGCCUCGCAGGAGACAUAGCAGGUCUCAAAAACCUUCUAUGACCCUGUCAUCUUACCGUCAGGGAGUUCCCGGCUCCCAUACCACACGUUUGUCUGUUAUGGCUACACUACCAAAGUACCUUUGGUUUAUGGUUGGCACGCAUUUCUUUGGUGAUAAUAGUAACUGGAUUUUUCUUUUUCCUUAAUUUUGUGUGAACAGCUGCCCAACUGUUUAGCUGAAGUUAAUAUUAUUUAAGUAAAGAAAACAUUGCAGUUUUAUGACAGGCUUUACCUUCCAGGCAGGUCAUUGUGGUCAAUUAUAGCUCUAGCUAGCAGA